UCAAGGGGUUAGUAAUUUGCACUCCAGAAAGAGAAAAUUUUGUAAGAAAUUAAUUUAUUUGCGAAUCUCAGGUUUCUUUUUUCUCUUGAGAGAAUUUUUCUCAAUUCUUGAGCUAAUGCGUUUUCAAACCUUUUUUUUGUACUAAAAAUAAAUAAAAUGGGUCAAAUAUUGGACAAAAGUUGAGCUUACAUCCCCCUGACAAUAUUUUGUUUUGGCCAAAGAUGAUCGAUGCUGUAACAAUAUAAUUCACCAAAUUUUAUGCGGGAAAAGUGAAUGAAUUUUGAGAAUGAGUGAGAAAAAAAGUCCAGCUGAACCUGCUCCUGGGGACGGUAUACGUUCCAUGAGGACGACAAAUGUGUUUCGUGUUGUAAACUUUGAAUUAUACGCCAAACCCAAUGCCAUAAUAAUGGGUAUUGGAGUGGCGUGCUUGCUUGGAGCAAUGGGAUACAUUGCGUAUAUGAGGUCAAAAUACGAGAAAAUGGGAUACUACUCAGCUGUACAGACGGAUGGGACUGAAGUGUUCACGAAGAAGCAGUCCAAGUGGGAUUAAGCACGUGCUUUACAAUGCACAUUGUAUCUGUAAAUAAAUAUACUAAUAAAAUAGCCCAAAAUAGACAAUGCGUCGGAGAAAAUAAUUAAUUUAAAAUAAUAAAUGUUUUCCUUUUAUUUCA